AUGUCAACAGCCACUACAAGCCAAGGCGAUAGGAGAGAGUCAUCAGAUAUUGUCUACUUUCGGUUUGAAGGACAGCCAGGAACUGGAGUGGACGAAAUUGAUAUCUCUCUCUCUCGUCAAGUUUUGCAGGCCUUUUCCGAUUCGUUGCUCACCAAGUUGGCCGAUGAUGAGUGGAAAUCGGACGAAAAUAAGACGGCCGGUGAAACGGCCAGCAAUCCGCUCAUUACAAAGCCAUUAGAGUCUCCUUGUCGUGAAGAAUGGUCUCCCUGUCUGGCAGAAAUGAUUGCCGAAACGUACCGUUGGAAACACGCCGAACUACGAAUCAUUGAGGACGACCAAGCCAAAGAAGGGAAUCGACCCGCACUGCCGCCCAAUGUCACGCUGGAAGACGCCUUGUGUGUACUGGAAUACUACGGCGUAACAUUGGACGAUCCCAGCAUGAUUAGCUUUGAAAAACUGGACACGGAAUCGCAAAUUCGGGCCAAAUUGUUUCUCAAGGAUUUAGCACUGAUUGACGAUGCUGCUGAUUUAGUGCUAGAGGAGUUGAAGCAGAAUCCUCAACGAGAAACCUUGUUCCUAUUUGCCAAAAGGUGCCACAAUAUGCAAUACAUCAACACACACAAUUAUCUCGGCGUCAUAUACGAACCGCGCAAAUUUGUACGCGUGGGGAAUGACCUAGAAUGCAAUCUACAUUUUGGUUGGGCUCAGGAUGAUUUUCACAGAGAGCAUUUCAUUGAACAAAUCAGAAAGGAAUUGCCAUCGUUUGACGUGGAAUACAUGAAAUCGCUUGUUCCAGAUGAAAGUUGGUACGAGGGAGAAUUGGCAUUGGGGGCACCCGAUCCGGAUUCGGGAUGCUGGGUUUCCACAAGGCAGGACCAGUUCAAUAGCUGGCAAUCGUACGAAGACAUGGUGGUAUUGCGUGUCUGUGUUCCUGUUAGAAAGGCCCAGAAGCGUCCCCGAGAUGACGUGUGA